CGAUGAGAAAUAUAAAUAAAUUAGGGUUUUCCGGUUAGUAUAAAUCAUUUCGUCGAAGAAGAAGCUUCCCGAAACAAUUCAUUUUCUUUGUUCAUUCAUUUUUGUGGGUUUAGGGGUUUCAUUAUCAUCAUCAUGGGAAAGGGUCCAGGUCUCUACACUGAAAUUGGCAAGAGAGCUAGAGAUCUGUUGAAUAAGGAUUACCAGACUGACCAGAAGUUCACAAUCAGUACCUACUCUCCUACAGGAGUUGCUAUUACUUCUACUGGUCAUAAGAAGGGUGACGUGUUUGUGGCCGAUAUCAAUACCCAGCUGAAGAAGAAGAAUGUCACCACUGAUAUCAAAGUGGACACAGAUUCCAAUCUAUUUACAACUAUUACAGUCGAUGAACCGUAUUUUCCCGGGCUAAAGGCAAUUCUGAGCUUUAAAGUUCCUGAUCAGUGGUCUGGCAAGAUGGAGCUUCAGUAUCUCCAUGAGUAUUCAGCUAUAAGUACGAGUAUUGGGUUGACACCUAAUCCUGCUAUCAACUUAUCUGGUGUGAUCGGAACCAAUGUUGUCUCACUUGGGACGGAACUAUCAUUUGACACCAAGUCUGGGACUGUCACAAAAUGCAAUGCUGGACUUAGCUACUCGAAUGCAGACCUGAUUGCUUCAUUAACUCUGAAUGACAAGGGAGAUACUGUGAAAGCUUCCUACUACCAUACUGUGAACCCAACACAUGCUGUUGGUGCAGAGGUCAACCAUAGCUUCUCAACAAAUGAGAGCACUUUUACCAUUGGUUCACAACAUGUACUGGAUCCACUUACUACCGUAAAGGCACGAGUGAACAACUUUGGCAAGGCAAGUGCUCUCGUCCAGCAUGAGUGGCGACCAAAGUCAUUCCUCACAGUUUCUGGAGAGAUGGACUCCAAGGCCAUUGAUAAGAGUGCCAAGUUUGGAUUGGCUCUUGCUCUCAAGCCAUGAGCUCUUAGCCCCAUUUUAAUGAGAGUAGGCAUCACAAGUGCAGUAUAGCUGUCGGAACUGACUGUUUUCUUUUCUUAAGGUUGGUUGCAACUCUUUUGGUAUGAGUUGGCAUGAUGAUACCUCUUUCUAUUUUGAUGGUUUUCGAUGUAAAAUAAAAAAAAACAUGAGGUGUCAAACCCAAACCUGUGGCAUUAUUGUCUUGAGUUCUCAUAAUCUCUAGUCCCUCAAAAGUUAAACUGUUGUGAAGUACCCUUAUUUUCAGAGGGUAAAAUUCAUAUUUUUGUUCAUUUUUUUA